AUGAACACCUUGGAGGAACUGAAUGCGGACAUCGUUGUGACACUUCCGCAAUUCGUGGACGCGGUCAGCCUCUUCGCCGAAGUGGUCUCUCGGAGCGCCACACUCCGCAGCCUGAGGUUACCUUCGACGUACUGCGACUGCUUUGCCACAACCUGGAGGCCUCCUGUCCAGCUCCCAGAUCCCAAAGCCGCGCAAUGCAUGCAGCCCUGGCUCGCAGCCCUGCGGAGACCGAACUUGCCGCUCAGCAAGCUCUGCAUCGACUUGCGGGGCUUCGGCGAAGCUGAGUGCGACGGCUUCUUCGGCGCAGUUGCGGAAGCGGACGCUCUGAAGUCGGUGGUCGUUCUCUCCUUGCCCGAAAUCGAGCGGCCGGACAGGGUCUGCGCCACCAUCAAGGAGCGAGGACUGAGCGACCGAGUGGACAUCAAGUGGCCUUGCAUGCGCAACACAAGAUGGCUGCAGCAAUGCCCGCAAAUCGGCAGCGUAACCAUCAGAGUGGGCCAUUGGUGGAAGGAUGGAGAUUUCGCAUUGCAGCGAGUUAUCUCAGCUCUAGAAGCGCUCGGUGGCUGUUCUCACGUAACCUCGCUCCGGGUUUACUUGUAUCGUUUCGAUUGCAGAGCAAUCUCGGCCUUGGCGGCAUGCGUAAGAGCUCCGUCCGCGCUAACUGAGGUCUAUAUAGACCUCUCUGGCGUUUUUGGCGAUCUGCCAAAAGAGUAUCGUGGUGCGCAGGAGGAACUGGUGAGAGCGUUGGCCUCCAACCUCAAACUCGUCAGAGUCAAGGUCAAGGGAGUACUCCUGUCCGACGACGACUUCAAGUGGCUCGCGCACGGUGCUAGCAAGAGUCUAAGCCUCACAGAAUUCGCCAUGACUCCCGGCUGUUUGAUAAUUGCCCGUCGUGGUAAAGCGUCUGGAGCAGUGAACAGCUGUUCGAUGCACGGGGCCGAGGCCUCGACGGGAGUAUCCAUCGAGAAGAACAUCGCACUGGCCGACAUUUUGGAAACGACCAGGCGGAAUGCCUCCGCCGUCUUGGCCGCAGCUCAGUUCGUGUUAGGCCAGGAAGAUGGCCUCGAAGGCGCUAGCUCUAUCGAGCUGAUGCACGACCAUCCUCGCCUGCUCGAAAUGGUGAGCGAAGGCGCUGACGUCACCAAGGCCGACGCCAAGAAGAUGAUCAGCAGCGCCCUGCUUCGUGUUGGCCUCUUGAGCCUCGAUGAGUUUAUGAGAAUUACCGGUGUCGUCCAGGAGACGGCGGAGUGCCUUGCAGAUCCUGGUGCCAGGCGUCAGCUCUCUGACUUGAACUUCGACUGCUGGCUACACGUCCGCCGUUUCCUGAAGAUAUCGGACGUUCUGCAGCCUCGAACCGAUCUAUGUGAAAACUGUACGAGUCUUGCGCCUGACGACUGGAGGAUACAAAUUCACGGGGCAGCCCUGUACUCCCCUAGUCAGGGGACUGCUUUCAUGUGCAAGGUAAUCAACUCUUUGUCGCAGCUCGAGAGUCUUGCUUUCAAGGUUCCUAAUUUCGAGAACGAAUGGGUAAUCAAGAUAUCUUUAUUUGGGGCAUCACUGGAUCUAGGAAGGCAUCACCUGACGACUCUUGACGUGGCAGAACUUUCGAUGUUCGCUAGUGAGGCCAGAUCGCUCAUCCAGACUCUCAUGGGAAACAAUACUAUCACUGAACUUCGCGUCGGAGAAAACGUCUUCGGCUACCGCGAUGAAGCCUCCAACGCACUCUUCGCCAGCUACCUUGCGAAAGAAGACUCAGCGCUGCGAAAAUUGACGCUCAAGUCGAACGACUAUUCCGACAGGCGGUUUGUCUUGAUAGAACUCAUCACUGCGUUCUGCAAGCUGAACACUUUGGAGGAGCUGAAUGCGGACAUCACUGUGAGGCAUCCAGAAUUGUAA